AUGGACAAGGAAAGGCUUCAAGAUGAGCUGCGCAUUUUUAGAGGUAAGAACUUCCUCCGGCAGAAGCUGAGAUCCUCCCUCACAGUCUACGUGCUGCUGGCACUUUCUUACCUGCUGAUUGUCAUCCUGUUUGUGGUGUCGCUCUCCAGAGUUUCAAUGCUCUCUUCCCAACUUAAUGAAAUGCGCAAGGAGCUGAAACGGAAUAACUCCAGCAACGAUUUCAAAUUGUUCCCGUGUGGACCUGAGGCCCGGGAAUGGGAAUACUUCAGCGGGAAAUGUUACUAUUUCUCCUUGCAUGCCACAUCUUGGCAGAGGGCGAAGGAGCUGUGUGAGGAGGAGCAUUCGUUCCUGGCCAUCAUUAACAGCCAUGCCAAGCAGAAUUUUAUCAUGUACAGGACACGCAACCAGCGCUUUUGGAUCGGCCUCUCAGACCGGAAUGCAGAAGGGGAGUGGAAAUGGAUCGACGGGAGCGACUCCACAACCGGUUUCACGUACUGGAAGGAGGGGGAGCCCAACAACAGUGACCAGAACGAGGACUGUGCACACGUCUGGACCUAUGGGGAGUGGAACGACGUGCAUUGCACAUACGAGUGCUAUUACAUCUGUGAAAAGCCUGCACCUCCGUGA